AUGUCCGACACCGACCCCAAAGCCCCCAACAAAACCGGCGCAAGCGGUGCCGCCUGGUCUGAAGGCGAGAAAAUAGCCUACCUCAUCGUCCUCUGUGAGAACGAAGGCAAGAUCGAUGCAAAGAUCGGCAACGCGCCCAUCCCCGCAGGCCGCUCCAUCAUCUCCUGCAAGAAACUCCUCGUGCGCCUCAAGGAGAAGCACAAAGACGAUAUUACCAAGAUCAAGAACGGCCAGGCCUUUGGUCCACCUCCUACUGCUGCUGGAGGUGACGCUGCUGCUACGCCCGAGAAGCUCAAGGCCAAGCCCAAAGCUACUCCUAAGAAGCGGAAGAGCAAGGCUGACCUUGACGCUGGUGCUGGUCAUGGUGGUGAGGAUGGGAAGGUUGGGGAUGGUGGUGAGGCAGAUGGUUCUCCAAAGAAGAAAGCUACGCCCCGGGGUCGCAAGAAGAAGGUUGAGGUAAAGGAGGAGGUCAAGGAAGAGGAGGGUCUUGUAGAUGAAGAGAUGCUUGAGGAGGAUGUUUGA